GACGGGCCUGGCCCCCCGGCCCGCGCCCGACUCCUCGUGCGCCCCUCCGGCUCCCGGGGGCCCGCAACCUCCCCCGACCGGGGGGCGCGGUGACAGGCCGCGCGGGGGCGGAGGGGUGGGCCUGCGGCUGCCUAUGUGCCCGCGGAGCGGCCGGCAAUAGAGAAUGCUGAUGAGAGAACCAUUUCCCUAAUUUUCAAAUAGUCAAGGUGGUUGCCAUGAUGGAUGAUCAGCAAGCUUUGAACUCAAUCAUGCAAGAUUUGGCUGUUCUUCAUAAGGCCAGUCGACCAGCAUUAUCCUUACAGGAAACCAGAAAAGCAAAAUCCUUAUCACCAAAAAAGCAGAAUGAUGUCCGAGUCAAAUUUGAACACAGAGGAGAAAAAAGAAUCCUUCAGUUUCCCAGACCAGUUAAACUGGAAGAUCUGAGGUCUAAAGCUAAAAUUGCCUUUGGACAGUCUAUGGACCUACAUUAUACCAAUAAUGAGUUGGUGAUUCCAUUAACCACCCAAGAUGACUUGGACAAAGCUGUGGAACUGCUGGAUCGUAGUAUUCAUAUGAAGAGCCUCAAAAUAUUACUUGUAAUAAACGGAAGUACACAGGCUACUAAUUUAGAGCCAUUGCCAUCACUAGAAGAUUUGGAUAACACAGUAUUUGGAGCAGAGAGGAAAAAAAGACUUUCUGUAGUAGGUCCCACUAGUAGAGAUAGAAGCUCCCCUCCCCCUGGAUACAUUCCAGAUGAAUUACACCAGGUUGCCCGGAAUGGGUCAUUUACCAGUAUCAACAGUGAAGGAGAGUUCAUUCCAGAGAGCAUGGACCAAAUGCUGGACCCAUUAUCUUUAAGCAGCCCUGAAAAUUCUGGCUCAGGGAGUUGUCCAUCACUUGAUAGCCCUCUGGAUGGAGAGAACUAUCCAAAAUCACGAAUGCCUAGGGCCCAGAGCUACCCAGAUAAUCAUCAGGAAUUUUCAGACUAUGAUAACCCUAUCUUUGAGAAAUUUGGAAAAGGAGGAACAUAUCCAAGAAGGUAUCAUGUUUCAUAUCAUCAUCAAGACUAUAAUGAUGGUCGUAAAACUUUUCCAAGAGCUAGAAGGACCCAGGGGACCAGCUUCCGGUCCCCUGUGAGUUUCAGUCCUACAGACCUCUCCGUAAGCACUAGUAGUGGGAGCAGUAUCUUUACCCCAGAGUACGACGAGAGUCGAGUAAGAAGAAGGGGAAGUGACAUAGACAAUCCUACUUUGACUGUGAUGGACGUCAGCCCACCCAGCCGCUCACCUCGCGCUCCAACCAACUGGAGAUUGGGCAAACUGCUUGGCCAGGGAGCCUUUGGCAGGGUCUACCUCUGUUAUGAUGUUGAUACAGGAAGAGAAUUGGCUGUUAAGCAAGUUCAGUUUGACCCAGAUAGCCCUGAGACCAGCAAGGAAGUAAAUGCACUUGAGUGUGAAAUUCAGUUGUUGAAAAACUUGCUGCAUGAGCGAAUUGUUCAGUAUUAUGGCUGUUUGAGGGAUCCCCAAGAAAAAACACUUUCCAUAUUUAUGGAAUAUAUGCCAGGGGGUUCAAUUAAGGACCAACUAAAAGCAUAUGGAGCUCUUACUGAGAAUGUGACUAGGAAAUACACCCGUCAGAUUCUGGAGGGAGUCCAUUAUUUGCACAGUAAUAUGAUUGUUCAUAGAGAUAUAAAAGGCGCAAAUAUUCUGCGAGAUUCAACAGGCAACGUCAAACUAGGAGAUUUUGGGGCCAGCAAACGGCUUCAAACCAUCUGUCUUUCGGGGACAGGAAUGAAGUCUGUCACAGGCACACCAUACUGGAUGAGCCCUGAAGUGAUUAGUGGAGAAGGCUAUGGCAGAAAAGCAGAUAUCUGGAGCGUGGGCUGUACUGUGGUGGAAAUGCUAACGGAGAAGCCUCCUUGGGCGGAAUUUGAAGCAAUGGCUGCCAUCUUUAAAAUCGCCACUCAGCCAACGAACCCUAAGCUGCCGCCCCACGUCUCAGACCACACUCGAGACUUCCUCAAACGGAUCUUUGUAGAGGCCAAACUGAGACCUUCCGCUGAUGAACUUUUAAGGCACAUGUUUGUGCACUAUCACUAGCAGCCAGUAGCCUCUCCUGUGCCUCUUCCCAGCUCCCAUCUAUUCGUUCACCUUCUCUCUGACUGCACUUUUCUUUUUUAUAAAAAAGAGAGAUGGGGGAGGAAAAAAAAGACAAGAGGGAAAGUGUUUCUCUUGAUUCUUGGUUAAAUUUGAUUAAUAAUAAUAGUAUCCUAAAGUUUUUAUAUUUAAUCUUUUUUUCCCGUACAAGAACUUGAAACUUUUUUUUUUUUAAUUUUUAUAAUGUACUGAUGUGGUUCAGAGACAUAAAGCACUUUAGUACAUAGUCACUCUAUUUAGUACAAAAAGAUCAUUUGGAAUACCUAAAGAUUGUAGAGUCUUUCCCUGUGUCACUGACAGAUUGGCAGUGAUGGGGAGACAUGGAAAACAAGGAGAAGAAAAUGAUGUAUAAUUUGUAGUUUUUAGUGAUAGUAUUUAAAAUAGAUUCUUGUUUGUGGGGUUGAGCCCUAAACUUGAGUUUAGGAUAGGUACUCAGCUUAAAGAAUAUAGGUUCCUUCUUGUAUCUGUAUUCUUUAGAUCCUAACCUCUGUCUACCAAGCUUUUUGCUCAGUAGGACUCUUGAUAGAAAAUAUGAAUCUCUAGGAGGUAUGUUUGUUUGUUAAUCCUAACCAGUAUA